UAAGGAAAUGCUAGAUCUAGUGAUAUCACCCAGCCUGACUGUAAAUAGAGAGUGCCCUGACAGACUGAAGCUUAACCUUUCCAACAUUUAUGCCACGGCUCCAGAUGACAUAGAAGGCAGCAGCAAAGCAGCACCGCAGUGUCCGCUCCAUCUGUACUCGACAAAACAUUAUCCCCAUAUAGUGACAGUCCCAUCUUUCCCAACAAUGGCAACAUAUGGACAGACUCAGUACAGCACAGGAAUCCAGCAGGCUGCUGCCUACACUGCCUAUCCUCCUCCAGGGCAGCCCUAUGGCAUACCCUCCUACAGCAUUAAAACGGAGGACAGCCUGAGCCAUUCCCCAGGGCAGAGUGGGUUUCUUAGCUAUGGAUCCAGCUUUGGUACCCCGACGGCUGGACAAGCACCGUACACGUACCAGAUGCAUGGCACAACAGGGAUUUACCAGGGAGCUAAUGGCCUGACAAAUUCUGCAGGAUUCAGUGCUGUGCACCAGGAAUAUUCAUCAUAUCCAAGCUUUCCUCAAAGCCAGUACUCACAGUAUUACAGCUCCUCCUACAACUCUCCGUAUGUGUCUGCGAACAGCAUCAGCCCCUCAGCCAUCCCAACCUCCACUUACUCUCUCCAGGAGUCUUCCCACAAUAUCACCAGUCAGAGCACAGAAUCGCUGUCUGGGGAAUAUUCGACAACACCAGCAAAAGAUAUAGAAACAGACAGACAUCACAGAGGGUCAGAUGGCAAGGUACGAGCCCGGUCAAAAAGAAGCAACGAUCCUUCCCCUACUGCUGACAGUGAGAUUGAGCGUGUGUUUGUGUGGGAUUUGGAUGAGACGAUAAUUAUUUUUCACUCCUUACUCACGGGAACCUUUGCAUCCAGAUAUGGGAAGGACACUACAACGUCUGUGCGGAUAGGUCUUAUGAUGGAAGAAAUGAUCUUCAACCUUGCAGAUACACAUCUGUUCUUUAAUGACCUAGAGGACUGUGACCAGAUCCACAUAGAUGAUGUAUCGUCAGAUGAUAACGGUCAAGAUCUAAGCACAUAUAACUUCUCUGCGGAUGGCUUUCACAGUUCCACUGCCAGCACAAAUCUGUGUCUGGGCUCCGGUGUGCAUGGGGGAGUUGACUGGAUGAGGAAAUUAGCAUUCCGCUACCGUCGGGUCAAAGAGAUGUACAACACCUACAAAAACAAUGUAGGGGGUUUAAUAGGAGCUCCUAAGAGGGAAACCUGGCUGCAGUUAAGAGCAGAACUGGAAGCGCUGACUGAUCUCUGGCUCACACAUGCUCUGAAGGCACUGAAUUUGAUACAUUCCCGGCCUAACUGUGUGAAUGUGUUGGUAACAACAACUCAGCUUAUACCAGCUCUUGCUAAAGUGCUUCUCUAUGGACUGGGCACUGUCUUCCCCAUUGAAAACAUUUACAGUGCAACAAAAACAGGGAAAGAGAGCUGUUUUGAAAGAAUAAUGCAAAGGUUUGGAAGGAAAGCCGUGUACAUUGUAAUAGGAGAUGGUGUUGAAGAGGAGCAGGGAGCAAAAAAGCACAACAUGCCAUUCUGGAGAAUCUCUUGUCACGCUGACCUGGAAGCUCUGCGGCACGCCUUGGAACUUGAAUAUUUGUAGCAGAUCCCAACAUCUUAGAACUGUGAGGGCUUCACUCAAACUAUGGCAUCGGUUCCACCUAUUCCUUGAAACUUUCUUAGUACAAAAAUCCCACAGCAACUGCAGAUUUUCUGUUUUGUGAAGGAGAACCCUUUCAGUGGAAAGCCUUUAAGAACUUGCAGCCAAAGAACAUUGUAUCAAGUCCUUCUUCCUUUGGGCAGAGGAAAAGCCUUUGGAUAACUCGCUGGGGGAAUUCUGCAGUUGAAUGGUUAUGCUGGAUGCAUAGAGCCGUAACUGCCUUUUUACCAUCAGCACCAAACACUAUGAGACUUGGGCCUAUGUGUCAGUUUUCUUGCUUUUGAAGGGGGAAGAGGACACAAGAAAGGAAUCUCUGCACAGGACAUCCAUCAAUGGGACCUUCUGAAAGAGUGAAAUUGUUGAUUUCUUUUUUUUUUUUGUAUUUUUUAAUUUAUGAACUAAUCUCAUUACUCUGGUAUUCAGCUCUGUACCUGUGGUUUUCAUUUGGCUUUUUGAGGUGGGUGGGUGGGCGGGGAAAGUCUUGCCACUCUAAAUUAAUAGUUCAUUUCUCCAGAGAAAACUCUGGGGAGAAUCAUAUUGUGUACAUUAAUAGUAAGGACACAUGGUCCUUGGUAAGAACUAUAGCUGUGUUUUUAAAUCUUACAUAGAUGGUAUGUGAACUGUGCAUGUGUCUACACGGUGCCUUAUGCUGCCAUCUCGGUUUGGGGAGCUGGGGGUAGGGAAAAAAAAGUACCUUGUGAUGAGUGAAAGGCAUUAAAUAAAAACAUGUUUACA